AUGGAGGGAAUACUGACCAACCAGAAGAUGGUGUUUGUGCCAUCAAAUCAACGCUUUGCAUUACUCUUUGAAAGCCUCGCUGACGCUGCGUUUUCCCAAGGCCUCCAGGCCCCUUUCUGGUUGUAUUCUGUCCAACAGGUGAAAAAGGACAUUGGGGAUGUCACCAUCCUGGUGAACAAUGCAGGUGUGAUUACAGCUGCCGACCUGCUCUCCACUCAGGACCACCAGAUUGAAAGAAUGUUUGAAGUCAACAUCCUUGCUCACAUGUGGACCACCAGAGCUUUUCUGCCAGCCAUGAUGAAGAACAACUACGGUCACAUCGUCACGGUGGCUUCAGCAGCAGGUCAUUUUGUGAUUCCUUACAUGGUAUCUUAUUGCUCCAGCAAGUUUGCUGCAGUUGGAUUUCAUAAAGCUCUGACAGAGGAGCUGUCUGCCCUGGGGAAGGAUGGAAUCAAAACCACGUGUCUGUGCCCAGUGUUUAUAAACACGGGGUUUGUCAAAAACCCCAGCACAAGGCUUGGGAAGAUUCUGGCUCUAUUGCUUCUCUCUGACAUGGUGUUUCCAGAACGUGCCCUGAAAUUUCUGAGAAAGAUGACUGAAGUCAAGUUUGAUGCAGUCAUUGGGCAGAGAAGCACCCAGUGA